AUGUCUGGCAAAUACGUCUUCAGCAAGAGCCUGAAGGAGCUCCGCUUCCUUUUCUGCCAGACCUCUGAGCAGAGUGCUGCCACAAGAUCUUUCCUGAACCGCGCCUACCCCACCAUGAAGAAGCACAACCCUCAGACUCCCAUCCUCAUGCGCGAUGCCUCUAACACCGUGCCUCGAGUCUUCGCUCGAUACGAGUUCGGAAAGGAGGUUCAAGAAGGACUGUCGGGUCUCUCCGACGCACAGAUCGAAGAGCGCAUCACCAACCUCGUGAAGCAGACCUCAUAA